UUAUUACAGUUACGAUCUUAGAAUCUUUAGAGUAGUUUAUUGAUACCAAAUUUUAACAACACUGAGUCUAACUAGAAGAAAUUUCUCACCGGUGUGUUUGCAUACUCGUACGCAUUUUUCUUGUAAUUUUUGGUGUUUUUUGUGUUACUACGUUGAGUCGAGCUUCAGUUUCUUCGUAUAUUCCAGAAAUACCGAAAUUCCAGCAUAGACUGUACUUUGUGGAAGUGUUUUGGACAUACAUGUUGAUAGGCCCUCCGUAGGGAGUUUGGACCAUAUAUAUCUCAGUGUAGUGUUAUUUUACAUUUUACACAAUGCCACGAAAUAUCUUCUGUGUUCCUGGGUACCAAGUAGUAGCAGAAGAUGGUGUACCUCUACAUUACUUUCCAUGUCCUGAGAAAGAUGCAGAAAGGUUUCAUAAUUGGGUAAAGAUUAUUGGAGGUGGUAUUGUGAGUCUGGACAACACCUGUAAAACUCAUAGAAUCUGUCGUCAGCACUUUCAGAAAGAGUUUCUUUACCCAAAAAACAGGCUUUGUAAAUUGGCUGUUCCAUCUUUGCUUUUACCCUCUGCAGGUGUAUCAGAAAGUGGGUGCUUGCCAGAGGAAAGUGUGGACACUGCACAUUUGAUAAUGCUGUUCAACAACCUGUUCGACUCAAAUUAACAUAAAGAAGAAGGUAAAAUAUACAGAUCUGCUGUCACACCAAACUCAUCCCAUUUAAAAUUAUGGAACAAAACAUUACCCAUUUUAAGGUCAAUGAAGUAUAUAAAUAAUAAUAGUAAAAAGGUAACUGUACCAUCUCUAACCAGUUGGGUAAACACUAUAAAAGGUUUUAAAUUAAUAACAAAUAAGUUAAGGGCAGAAAUUAUCAAUGAACAUUUAAAUAUUGAUUUAAUAAAUACACAACAAAUUCUAGAAAGCCGUACCAAAGUUCAUGUAGAGAAAUGCGCGGCCAUAGCUUAUUGUAGUGGGUGGAUAGCAAUCAAAACAAAAAAGUUUAUAUUUAAAAAAUGUAUGUAAUAAUGCAGAUUUCCACAAUUUUAUAAUAAAAAAAGAAUAUUGUGGCAAAAGAUGGUUAUGCUAUCCUACCCGGCCAUUGUUUGACUUUUUUGCACCAGUAGAACACAUAACAUGGAAUAUUUUAAAUAAAUAUGCACAUGUAGAAAACAUUGUUAAAUAUAUCAUGCUGUUUAUAUCAGUCCACAUAGACUUAAAUUUUAUGAAAUGUGAAAAACAUUAAGAAAAUUUAAAGAAAUAUUUGGUCCAUCAAAGUGUUGUGCUCUUCAUAAUUACUUGGUGCAAAGAAGUCAGCAAUAAACUUAAUAGCAAGAGCUAUUAUAAUUUAUGUAAUGAUAGCGGUGAAAAUGUCUCCAUUUUUCCUACGGGCUUGAGAACAUUACAAUAAAACAAAGGGUGCGAAACGAGAGGCAAAACGGCGUCGAAAUUAAUGUAUUAAUGUAUAAUUAAUAAAUUCAUUGAAUUAU